AUGCUAUUAUUUCUAGUUUUGGUGAAAUGUGUAAUUUCAAAAAUUCCUGCACAAUAUGAGGAAGUUGGUAAGCGAUUUUCAUUUGAAUUGGGUAGAAAAUUGUUAAAAAAUAAUAUAAAUUCGAAUUUUGCAGUGGACACAGAAAAUAUGCUAUUUACGGUGUUAACACCAUAUGAUUUGGCAUACACUUAUCAAAUGAAACAUGCGUAUAUGUUAGGUUCACAAUUUAAUGCGGAACUCAAUCGAACAAUGAAAAAUCUCGAUUUGGUUCAAGCGUUUCCGCUUCAAGCGUGUUCACCAUUGGAACAGAAAUUUGUAAUUCCAACAGCAGUUUUGAUUGAAAGAGGGUAAGUUCUUUAUGCGUUUGGCAAUAACAAUAUAUGAAUGAUGAUAUUUCAGUGGUUGCUCAUUCACUGAAAAAGUCAAUAAUGCUCAAGAUGCUGGUGCUGCUCUAGUUAUGGUAACAGAUUCGGGUGAGUUGAUUUUUUUGAUUAGAAAAUAGUUUUUCAAAGAGAGAAAAGUCAAUUAAUUCUCAAAAUGCUCUUCUCGAUUAAAAUGUCUCUGACUUCAGUUUUUGGAAAAGCUCAUUUUUUCUCCUCGAUAUUUCAGUAAGUUCUUCAGAAUUGAUAAACGCAAAGUUUUGUAUGCAAUGAACUUUCAUACUGAUUAUCAGUGUUGUAAUUUUUAUCAUUUUUUUCUGAAAUUAACUGUGAAAACCAAACAUCUUCAAAAAGGAAAAGUUUAUUUCGAAAUUUGAAAUGAUUUCAACAUAAUUUCUCUUAUAUUCAUUCAAAAUUUGAAUUCAAUCGAACUUGUCUUGAAAAAUAUUUUUUUAAAAAUCCCUGAUGGCAAUUUUCUUGGUCUUAAAACAAGAAUUAUAUUCGAAAUAAAAAAAUUCUAGUCUAAAUCCUUUUCAAAUAUUACCAAAACUGAAAAUGUUUCAGAUUAUGCAUCUCGUCGUGAAUAUGUUAAUAUGAUACCUGACGCAUCUCUUCGAAUUGUCGAUAUUCCUUGCGUUUUCAUUGGAACGACAACGGGCAGAUAUUUCCUCGAAUAUUUUCACGAUGAUGAAAAUGCAGUGAUCAAAAUGGAUAUACCAGUUGAGCGACUGACCUCUCCUUGGAUUCAUCAUCAACGAAAAGCUCCGUGGGAAUAUUGGGGAGAUGAUCACUGGUUAAUGUAA